AUGGAUUUCGUUCUCGAAGUCUGCGACGAGUAUUUCCUCGACUCGGUAUACGAUACGAUCACUCAUAAAUUCACGAUCCACUCCGCGCCCUGGCCGCGCACAUCGAUCCCCCGCCAACUCUUGUCCCUCUCCGCUAUCACCCUAGUCGGCAUACAUCUGCUUUACUUCACAUUCUCCGGUCUCUCGUACCGCUUUGCGUUCAAUCAGGACAUGCGCAGGCACCCGCGCUUCUUGAAGAACCAGGAGUGGCUAGAGAUCCAAACGAGCUUACGUGCGUUCCCGGGCAUGAUUCUGCUUACGCUGCCCUGGUUUCUCGCUGAGGUCCGCGGGUUCCUGCUGUUCACCGACUAUUGGAUUUAUUGGAUACACCGCGCUUUGCAUAUCCCAGGAAUUUACAAAGUGCUUCACAAGCCUCACCACAAGUGGAUCGUCCCUACACCCUGGGCCGCAUUUGCAUUCCAUCCGAUGGACGGAUACCUCCAGAGUGUCCCCUACCAUCUAUUCAUCUUCCUCUUCCCACUCAACCGCUUCGUCUACCUCGGCCUAUUCGUUCUCGUGCAAAUCUGGGCUAUUUUCGUCAGUGCAUUUGGUCAGCAUCAUGCUUGGAGCGCGGAUGACAUUGACGCCGAGAGGCAGAUCCACGACUCGGACAUGAUCACCGGACAUGCACUGGAGUCGGUGAUCAACGGACCGGCCCACCACACGCUGCACCAUCUCUACUUCACGGUCAAUUACGGACAAUAUUUUACGUGGGCUGACCACGUCGGAAAGUCGUACCGACACCCCGAGUCCCAUUUGGAUCCACUACUGGAAGUGGGGACGAAGGACGAAUGAGCGUGAUGAGAUGCUGAUAACCUUUUAUACCUUGGUCCAGUGAGACUCUUUUUGAUUCUAUUCUCAAAUCGGG